AUGGCGUCCAACAAAUCGGGCCGGUCGGACGGCACGAAGAUCUACGACGAGGAGCACGUAUCCCGUGUAAAAGUAUCGUACUCGUAGUAAUUGCAUUUAUGCAUUACAUCAACCAAGGUAAAUCAGCAUUACAAAUUCAAUUUGUAAUGCUGUGGGAAUUUGUAAUGCAAUUUCUACUAGUAGGAUCAUGCUUUUGCAUUGCAUAACACGACUUUGGGCUGUGCGACUUUUACGGGAAGAUGUUUCGGAUGUGCAAGGAACUCGGGUUCGACAACGAGAAUUGCCAGCAGCAGCUGGCUAUCAAAUACAAAUAUGUCUGGGUCUGGGAGAUUGAUUGCGAGAUUUGUCGUGCUAGUCUGGCAUCACUCUGAACUCUGUAUUGCGUGGCCGCGAAGAGCUCCGCUCGCCUGUCAUGCAAAAACGCAGUUUCUCUGCCAAGCAUGACAAGUUUUUCCGUGGUUCUGAGUAGCGUACUCCGCAUGACAUGCGGAGUACGCUACUCAGAACCACGGAAAAACUUGUCAUGCUUGGCAGCGCAUUAAAGUGUAAUCACUAUUUUUCCCGUCCUUGCAUCACAAGUUUCCAGACCCAAACAUAUUCGCAAUGCAUAUUGGCCCACAAGACCGGCG